GGAAGGAGGGCGGCGAGCUAGAGAGUGAGAGAGUGAGUGAGAGGGAGAAACAGAGAGAGAGGCUGCCGCGGCUGACAGGGAAUACUGGUGCCAUUUUCACAUCGCGGGAAGGAUUCAUUCCUGCUCCGCUCGGCUCCGCUGUGGAAGAAGGGAACAAGGGAAGAAGGGAAGAAGGGAACGAGGGAAGGAGGAAAAAGAGGAGAAGGAAGGAGGCUGACAACUAUAAAACAGAACACCCCCACCCCCGACCCCCUCCCUCCCCCCGCCCCUCCUAUAGCUGGAGCCAUGCAGUCGUUCAGCAGAGAGAGGAGCGGUUUCCAUGGCAACCAGCCCUGCUACCAGCAGGAGCACCAUGAAUUAUCACGCCUGGAGAGCUACCGACAACACCCCCACCACGGACAGACCAGGCAGGUCUACGAGGCGCACGCGCUGGCCACCGCUACAGGGAUGCCUCCAGCGGGACCAGGAGCCGGACCUGGACCAGGAAGUGGACCCAUACCUGGACCUAAGGACUGUUACAGCCAGCAGGCAUACCCUGGAUACCCCCAGGGUAAUGGAGGCGGUGUGGGUGGUGGUGUGGGUGGUGGAGGAGGUUCGACGCCUCAUGAUAAGAAGGCUUACAGUGGGGGGAGCCAAGGACCUCCUCCCACUCCCCAGCAUAUGCAGGCAGGCGGCUACAGCAAUCACAUGGGCCCGGGGGGAUACCCGGCCCAGUAUAUGAGUGAAGGCCACCUCCAUCAGUCUAAGUGGGACGACCCAGCUCAGCUAGCUCAGUACGAGCAGGAGAUGGUAGGCAGGAUGGAGCCAGGUCCCCCUGGGUCCUCCCAGUAUCUGGACCAGAACAUGCUGGCUCACUCCCAGAGCCAGUGUCACCAGCCCCACCAGGCCUCUGCUCCGGUCUACACCAGCCCACACCACCAGCCCCAUCCCGCAAACCCAGGCCAGUCCCCGUUGAUGUACCCCCAGAGCCACCUCCACUACCCCCAACAUCCCCCGUCCCCCUCGCCAUCCUCCUCCUCCUACAUGGAGAAGUGCAGCCCAAUGCCCCACUGUUACAAGGGAUAUAGUAUGCCGCCCAGCUCCCAGUACACUAGGCAGAUGGGCAGCCACAGUGGUCUGAAGCAGGGGGGAUACCGCCCGCCACCCCAGAACAGUUACAGCUACCAACAGACUCCCUCCAGGGGUGGCUAUGAGCCCCAGCCCCCACUGCAAGGCAUUCCCACUCCCCAGGAGACCCACCCCAAAUACCAACACUUUAGCCAGCCCCAGCAGAACUACUGUCUGUCCGAGCUGUCCGUCAGAUCCCCUGAGCAGUACUACCAGACAUGUAGUCCCGCCUCCAGCCACUCCCCUGCACGCUCUGUAGGCCGCUCGCCCUCCUACAGCUCCACCCCUUCCCCUUUGAUGACCAAUCCAGAGAGCUUCCAGUACAGCCAGCCACCAAUGACCCCAGGGGCGGCUUCUUCGUCCUCCUCUUCCUCAGCGGGUCUGCAGGACCAAGGCUUGCUGAUGCCGCCGCGCUCCCACCCGUCCUCGUCCCCCAACGUGGCCCACCCAACCCCGCAGCACAGCUACACACAGGGGGUUUCCAUGAAGGAGCGCUUCUCUGAGAAGCUGCUUGCCAACCCCAGCCUGUGGAGCCUGAAUGCCCUCACCUCUCAGGUGGAGAACAUCUCCAACAAUGUGCAGCAGCUGCUGCUCUCCGAGGCCAUGGUCGCCAACAAGAAGGGGGCCAAGCGCAGCAGCAUUGGGAGCAGUGGAGGCAGCUCCUCCAAGAAGGAAGAGGUUUACAAAGGAGUGCCAGGAGGCCCCGAGGGUCAGCACGGUGGGGGUCCCAUGCAGGACCCCUACAGCACCAACCAGCACCAGCUCGUCCCCAUGGAGAUGCAGGAGGGGGGGUACUCCAGUAGUUCUGACGAGCAGCUGGAGAGAGGGUACUACUACUGCGGCCAGGGCAGGAGCCCAGCUCAGGCCCCCAACAACACACACUUGGGCCUGGACACAGCCUCAUCCUGCUCCAUGACCUCUCCGGAUGACAUGUCCACCCGGUCUGGUGACUCUGUGUCCGGCCUGCAGAGCGUGGCUUCCAGGGACAACAUGACCCCUGACCCCAGGUCACAGGGGGGACACGAACCCCGACAAACCUCCAUGAAGAGCGUGGGGGAUGAGAGGUCCCCCGUGAGUGUGACGAUUCCCAGCCCCAUGAAGCAGGAGAGCCAGUCCCCUCCAGACAUCCAACGUCUUGGCUUGCCACUGAAGGAAAACUUUGAGGAGUUGGCCUGGACAGAGAAAAUAGCAGACUACGAGGAUGAUGGCGUGAAAAAGACCUCCGACAGCGAGAGUGACCGCAGAGGCAGCGAUAAUGUCACAGAUACCUCUGAGAAGCGGGAGAAAUGGCCAGAGGACGAGAAAGGCCCAGCGCUGUAUAGCAAGAUCAACAAAGCAGUGACCGAGGGAAAGAGUUACUGCUACGACGAGAACAUGUACCACAAGAUACAAAACAAAUACGACCGAGGCAAAGGGGACUCGGCGGAUAAGUCCCCAAGCCUCUCAGACUCCAGCCACAAGGGAGACCUGGGCCAGGAGAUGAAAUCAGAGGCCUUCAAAUCCGAAUCUCCCACUGACUCUGAGAGCUCAGUGAAGACAUCCCCCUAUAUUUCCAGGGGUGACCUUGACCAAGAUCAAUAUUUAACAGAGAAGGAAGACAGCUCGGAGAACACAUCCCCUACCCCACGGGGCGAGGCUUUGGACCAGAGGCUCUCCGCCUCAGAGAAGAGAGAGAGCAGAGAAGAAGAGGAGGAGGAUGAGGAGGGGGAGGAGGAGAGAAAGCAGAACUCCAUAUCUUCUCCUCUGUCUGCUGAGGAGAGAGAGGGAGAAGAGAGUGAGAGCCUGCCAUCAACUGAGAGGGACCUCAACAAUAGAAAGAGCCCACAGGAGGAGCCUUCUGGAGAACUGUGCAGCAGAACAGAAGGCCAGAGCCUGGCUGAGCCUCAGCCUUACAGUAACACAGAGUCUGCAGAGACAGAAAGCCAAGCAGCACAACCAGAUGCAACAGCAGCAGCAGCAGAAUCCCCAGAAAGUGGGUCAGCCAUUUGUGACACUCCACCCCAGUCUCACUCAGCCAUGAUGGUUUUCUCAGCUCUCAGCGAGAUAGCAACACCUCCAGCUCCGUCUCACACCAGGGACCAUAUUGAUCACAGCGAUUCCAACGUGCUGGAGCCUGACUCCCCUCAGCUGCCGGGGAAGUCCAUACUGCACUCAGCGCCCUCCUGGGCCAACACCCCACCCUCGCCAAAGAAAGGUGAUGAGGACAUGGAGCCGGGCAUCAGCUGCCCAAGCGCUGUGACCCCUUCAGCCAAGCCAGAACCCGUGGCCCUAUCUGCACACCCGCAGGCUUUCGGCCGGAAGCACGGCCGAGGCAGGAGGAGACUGAUGCACUCAAGUGUGGAAUUCAGGAGACAGCUGAGUGUGGAGAGAGAGGGGGAGAGUGCCCCCUCGCCACCGCAGAAACCCUGCAUGCCCUCCAGCAAGAGUGCUCUGUUCUCCGAUCAGCUAGACAUGGCCGCUCACCAGGACAUAAUCACAACGAGCGAGACACCCAAACUGCUUGUUGAGGGCUCCCGGUCCAGAAUGUGCACUCGCUCAUUCAACGCGCAGGACACUCCUCCUAAGGAUCCCCAGCCCCCUGAAAGACGGAAACCAGGGCGGAAACCAGGUUCGAAACCAGGCCCAAAACCAGGCCCAAAGUCAGGGUUAAAACCAGGGCCUAAACCAGGACUAAAACCAGGGCCAAAACCAGGUUCAAAGCCAAGUCUAAAACCAGGACCAAAACCAGGUUUGAAACCCGAUUCGAAGCCCAGCCAAAAACCAGGUUUAAAACCGGGGCCUAAACCAGGCCCAAAAACUGUUCUAAAACCAGGGCCUAAACCGGGUCCAAAACCAGGACCAAAACCUGGUUCAAAACCAAAUGAAGGAGCACCCCGUGGUCGUCCCAGGGGUACGGGCUCUAAGUCGAAGUUGGCAGAACAGGAAGGUCCCAUUCCACUCAUAACAGGGGGUCCAGGAAGAGGCCAGAAGAGCUUGAGCAUCAACAGUCAGCAAGGUGAUGGGAAACAGGAAGUGAAAGCUCCAAGCAAGGACGGAAAGAACAUGGUCCUGAGAUCCAGGAAGCCCCCCCAGGAUAAGCUUCCAAAGGAAAAAGAGAAGGCGCAAUCUGAGGGAAUCCUGACUCAAACCCUGACAGGUAUAACAAAGUCCAAUGCAGUGUUACAAAAUGAGGAACGUAUGAGCAUAGAGCCAGCAAUCCCUGUCUUCCCUAACCAGACAGACACAAGUAUAACAGACACCAGUGUAACAGACUCUAGUAAACCAGACACCAGUGUAACAGACACCAGUAAACCAGACACCAGUGUAACAGACACCAGUAAACCAGACACCAGUGUAACAGACACCAGUGUAACAGACACCAGUGUAACAGACACCAGAGUAACAGACCCCAGUAAAACCAACACCAGUAUAACAGACACCAGUAAACCAGACACCAGUGUAACAGACACCAGUAAACCAGACACCAGUGAAACCGACACCAUUGCAACAGACGUCAGUGUAACAGACACCAGAGUAACAGACACUAGUGUAUCAGACCCCAAUGUAACAGACACCAGUGUAACAGACACCAGCGUAACAGACACCAGCAUAAAAGACAACAGUGUAACAAACAACAGUGUAACAGACAUUAGUAUACCUGUCGCUCCACCUGAGAAACCUAAAGAACCGACUGUAGCUGUACCUCUUGAAACUGCACCUGUACCUCCACUCAAAAGAAAACCCAGUCCUCUGCCUCUAGAGCCUCCGGUGAAGAAAAAGCGAGGUCCAAAACCAAAACCAAAACAGCCCCAGCCUGAAACUCCCCAUUCUGACCAGGCCAACCAGCCUCCAUUAGUCAAACCCAAGGAGAUGGGUGUCCGAGGGCCCAAGAGAAGGCUAAAGAGAGGCAGGCACAUCAAGGCCUCUCUGAUCACUGUGCUGACCAAAGAUAACCCUCCUCCCACGAUGGCUGACGGUGAUGUGGUUAGUGAAAUGCCCAGUGUCCCUUCUCAGUGUCCCACUAAAACCAAGUACCUCCCCCCGCGCAAAGGCAGGGGUCUGAAAUACGAGGCCAUGGUUCAGAAAAUAAACUCGGGCACCGGUUCGAAGAAACACCCGCCAACACCACAGCCCGAGAGCACAGAGGCGACAGUAGAUGAAGUGACGUCAAAGCCUGUGUCGCUGCCCGUCUCGGAGGAGAGCGAGGCCCCAGUGGCGGCGGUGAGCGCCCCUGAUGUGUCACGGGAGGAGUUAGCAAGAGACGUGGGGAGCUCCACGGGGGCCCAGAACACAGAACAGGAGAGAAGGGUGCAGCAGAACACCGGGGAGGGGGUGCAGCCGGAGCCACUCCCAUCAGGGGUGCCAGACGCUGCAGCGGCGAGCGGCGCCAACAAACCCACCAGGACCAAGAGGAGGAAAUGGGCCAUGGUAGAGAGCACGGACGCCACGGUGGUCGCCAUGGAGACGGGGAGCCUGAUCAUCAACACGCCGCGGCUGGCCAAGCAGAGGGCCAUCAAGAACAACCACGAGAUGCACCUGAAACAGAGGAGGAGGAAGAGGAAAGGAGGACAGCCUUCAGAGGGGCCUGUGGCUGACGAGGAGGUAGAGACAACAACAGCAGAACAGCAGACAGAGACACCCACUGACAUAGCGUUAACAACAACGCCCGCUCUACCAGCCGGCCCAGGUGAGAUCACAGACAGCCUGCAGGUGAUCGCCACAGAAAUGAUCCAGCCGCCUCCCUCCAAACGAGGGAGGAAGCCCUCUUCAUCCCCCUCCAAAAAGAGAGGGAGAGCACCAGGUGAACAGCAGAGCAGCAAACCUCUGAGGGUUCACAAAAAACCUGGUCCUAAAAAGGGAAUCAAAGACGCCAUGGAGGUGAUUGAAGCGGUGGUAAAGGCUGCAGGGAGGGAGGCCAGACUCAAGAAGAAGAAAUGGAAAAAGGAAAGUCCUGCAGUGUCAGAGGAAAAGCAGCCAGAGCCCUCUCUCAAACAGGUACUGAGUAAGACUCCUGAAAGCAGAAUCAAACACUCCUUCUGUCCAUAUGUGCGUAUGGACAGCUCCGGAGACUUCACCUCUCUCUGUACCAUCGUCAACAGGCGCGAUGAAGAGCUGAAGAUGGUGCUUCAGAAUCUCCGGAAAAAGAGCCCGGACAAAAUUAAAAACCCAGUCACAGUUGCCAAGGCGAUACCCAGCUCCUCAGCUAUGCUCCAGGGGCCCUUGGUUAACAAAACGUUAAUUGACAGGUGUCUAACGUGUUGCCUGUGUGGAAAGCCAGCAAAUUACCGUGAGCUGGGGGAUUUGUGUGGGCCCUACUUCCCAGAGGAUAGCAUCCCCCGCAAAAUCCUGUCAGCAAGACAUAUAGAAACCCCGAGGGAAAACCGAGAGAAAAUAAGCUCCAACAGUAGCAUCAGGGAACCAAGCAGCAGCACCCCAACAAGCGAAGGAGACCCCGGCUUCAAAAAGGAAGUUAGUAAAAAGGUGGAUAUGGAGACAGUCACAAAGCAGGGCAGUAGUAGUAGUGGUGGGAGUCACCAUCAUCAGCCCCACCCCCACCAUUGGCGCCCCAGGAGGGCAGAGAGGGCACCGGCGGAGGGCGGAAGCACGCACCGGCCCACCCUACGGGAUCGGUUCAGGAGGAUGCAGAAGCUCCAGGGGGAGAGGAGGGCUGCGGAGGCCACAGCUGGUGGUCAGGAAGGGGGCAAUGGAGGAGGAGGCCUCCUCCAGAGACUGCAGGGGGAGGCUGAGGCUAAGGAACACUGGGCCCAUGAGAACUGUGCUAUCUGGACCAAUGGGAUCAUCAUGGUGGCAGGGAGGCUGUACGGCCUGAAAGAGGCUGUUCACACCUCCACAGAAACGAGCUGUUCCAAGUGCCAGAGAGUGGGCGCGUCCAUCAGCUGCUGCUGGAAAGGCUGCCCUCAUAAAUACCACUACAUCUGCGCCAAGGAGAUAGGCUGCAUGUUCCAAGACGACAACUUUUCACUGAAAUGUCCGAAACACGAGGCUUUGUAAAAUAGAGCACUACCCAGCCCCAGUGAGCAUCACCUAUGCAGUAUGACAGACAGACAGACAGAUAGGACAUCCCCCCCACCCAAACCUGAUGAUGAGGAGUCAUGAUGAGACGUCAUGACGGACAGACGCAUCAGCCAAUGGGGACGGCUGGGGAUCCUCUGAGGCACCACCGAUGGCAGCAAUACAGACACAAGACAGCAGGUCCCUCAGAGCAACCCCCGUAACCCCUGGCAACGGCACUGCUUUAUCUCAGCCACCCCUGAUAACCAGACAGAGAGACAGAGAGAGGGACUGCAUUGUCUGUCUAACAGACAGUCUCCUUCACGGACAGACGGACUGCGGUGUUUUGAGAGAGUCUUUCACAGCCCUGUCUGUCUGUGUCUGGAGUCUAGACACCUGGCAGCCAUGGUUACUUAGAGACCACCCCUCCAGAGAGAGAGGGGGGGAGAGAUGGGGAGAGAGAGAGAGAGAGGGGGGGAGAGAUGGGGAGAGACAGGGAGCGGUUUUAAAUUCACGCUGCACUGAUCUGCCUCUGGAACGGUUUGCUAUCAUUUUUGGACACCUGGUGGAUUGCGAUUGGCCAGAAUAGGCCCCCUCCGGCUCUGCUGUCCGAGUUCCAGGUCGCGGUGUGUGUGUGACAUCAACUGUGUGUGUGUGACAUGGACUGUGUGUGUGUGUGCUUGUACAAGGAAGGGAACGAGCGUGUUCCAAUUCAAGAUGUCAUGCGUCAAAAGAAGCCGCCCCUCCCCUGGAUGUAUCUCAAUGUGCGCUUAAGUGUUAUAAAAAUGUACAUUGCGUGUUUUAACAGAUUCUAAAUAUGAUUCUGAUAUCGACAGAAAGAAAAAAUGACUGAAUAUAACGCUCUUCUUCCGGUAUGUAUUUUGAUGUGCAUAUUACGGCUAUACGACACCACUGAGUCAGCGUUGGUAUCUGUCCCGCUUUGUGUUCAAUUAAACAUUUUUAUAAAAAUAAAGGUUUCAAUAUUCACACUAGCGUACUACUUUAGAAUGCAUGCCUUAUACAUUGCUUCAUUCUAAGUGGGUAGUGUGCUAAUUUGGAUAUUGGGGGGUGGUCAAAACUCUGGAGGUCACCGAGUCGAAGUUCAGACGUGUGCUCAUACAACAUGAUGUACAGUAGACGCCACAUCAUCACCAUAAAGGUUAAAGGUCAGGGCAUAGGGCCCGGCCGGCAUCAUCUCACACGUCGUCAUCUCAUCUCACCACAGUUCUUCAUCAAUAUCUCUGUCCAUCAUCUCCAUCACCAAAGGCUGCUGUCUCCAUAAAAAUGAACAAGUAUUCGACUCCAAUAGAUUCUUAGUCCUACACGACUUGAGUUCUCAGCACCAUAGAGCUGAAUCAACCGUACAGAGACUCAAAUAUGUCAUAAUAUGGACACCGUACAGUAACACAGUCCUCCCCAUUAAAUGGGGAACCGUGACUGUUGUACAGUGUCCGUAUUCGGACUGUUUCAGUUUUCUGACUCCACAUCAAGUGUCUCUCUCAUUCCUUUCUCUGUAUGUGGCACUCACAGUAGCGUAGCCUGUUCCCCUUACUGCAGCAUUCUCACACACACAGACAGCCUCUUUAGGGUGUAGUGUACAGUACUUCAGUACUGCUUUAGGAUGUAGUGUACAGUACUUCAGUACUACUUUAGGGUGUAGUGUACAGUACUUUAGUACUUCAUAUCAGUGGACACAUACAGUAUUAGGGCGUACAGUACAGACAAGAGCAAAGCAUCACACCACAAACCUCUUCUUCUUCUGAUUCUUGAUUAUGAUGCUCUCAUUAUUUAAUGGUGUAUAUAAGUAUUUGACGCUGUUUAACUGUAAGAUGUGAUGUACUAAUAUAAUUGUGUAUAGUAUUUCCUAGAGAUGUUUAUUUUCUAUAAAAUGAAUAUGUUAUUGCUUAUAAAAAUGUUAUUAAAAGAAUCCAUUCAGAAAAGAGACUUUUGGGAAUGUCACUCGUUCUAAGUUGAGCAUGCAGUGUUUUUUAUUGUUCAUGUUUUCAUUGUUUGAAUCGAUGACACUACAGCAUCAAUUUGUGUGAAAUGUUUUUGUAACGCCAAUGUCAAAUAUACCAGCACCUUUCAACGCUG